AUGUCAGGUGCAGUGCCUUAUGACCCACACCAACCUAGGUCAAAUGUUUCCAAAGUGAUGGAAGAGAUGGACAAUGCCAUGGGCAACAUGCGUGAUAACCUGAACAAGGUUACCGAGAGAGGAGAAGCUCUGGAUGAUGUUGACCAGAGAGCCAACGUGUUGGCCAAUAAUGCGUCCACCUUUAGGAAAAGUGCGAAUACGGUGAGAAAGAGAAUGUGGAUGAAAAAUCUGAAGAUGAAGCUGUGUUUGGCUUUGGUGAUCAUCAUUUUGCUAAUAGUGAUCAUUGUACCCAUCGCGAUUCAUUUUAGUUGA